AUGCAACAACAUCAGAUAAUCGAAGAUCCUGGAUUCGCUCCAAGCUUCAGCUAUUACUCUUCCUACAAUAAAACAUCUAGAGCGGUCGCCAAAGUGAUCCGCGAAGAAGAGGCAGCUCGAGCUAACAAAAACGGGCACCUUGAUGGCCAAGAUUUCGAGUUCUCGUUAGUGUUAAGCGAUGAAGAGAGCAAUUCACGAGGUUGGAGUGUUUUCAAGCAUGAUAUUCUGGUAAACGAUCAUCAAAUUCCGAGUUCAUUAGAGGAUUCUUCUUCGUACUCGUCAUCAGAAGCCGAUGAAAUGGAAAGUCCAAGUUCUAGAAUUAAAUGUAAGAAGAGUAGUUCUACCGGGUCUGGAUUGAAAAGGGGGAUAUUGCGGUUUUUGCUGAAGCGGAGCAACAGCGAAUGUAAAGGGGAUAGUUUCAAACAAAAACGGAAUUCAGGUGAGGUAACGAAAGUCGGGGAGAGGUGGAAGGCGCAAACGCCGGUUCACGAACAAUUUUACGUGCAAAGAAGAGCGGAAAAUGAAGUCGGAAAGAGGAAGUCGUAUCUACCUUAUAGAAAGGAUCUUGUAGGAUUGUUUGCAGGGAAAAAAAUAUUUCCCUUUUAA